CUGGGGGUGAGACUGGGCUCAUCUCUCUGGGCAGAGGGCAAAGAGGCCAUUUGGAGCAAAAGAUAAAACACGGAUGAAGUGUCAUGAGGAUCUUCCAACAGGACCCGAGUUGGGCUCGGCUGGAGCAGAACAGUUUGUUUAGCAAGCGCCAUUGUUCUUUCGAAAGCAGCACUUGGUUUUAUUUGCCUUUCCUAAACAGAGAAACGUUUGUGGACUGCAGCGGGCCUUGCAGUGGUUUCUGGUGCUGUGCAUGCCGUUUGUACAGUGUUCCGUCUUCAGAGGGCUCAGCAAACCUUCAGUGCAGAUCGUGACUCACCAGGAUAAUCACCUUUUGUCUCUAGGCAUGUGUGUGCGUGUGUUUGCAGAGGAAGGGAGGCUGAGAGGCUACAAGAGCUUCUGGAGGCCGCAGAUAGUAGGAGGGGGCGCGUGUAUUCCUCUCUCAGCCUCACCUUGCUGCCUCGGACUGUAGAUGGAGCAGUGCACUGCUGUUCCUGGCGCUGAUGGGGACUCUGAGCUUCUCCAUUAGCAUCUCUACACAAAGCGGCUGUUUGCAGUUUUGUGGUGUUACAGAGAAGGGUUUGGCUCUAUAUUGGGUAACCUAGCGUCCUUUUUGUAUCUUCUCCUACUCUUAUUUUAGCUCUAAGCAGCACAUUUGAGCUAUUUCAGUGAUCUUGAAGGAAGGCAGAAUGAUCCUGUGGAAGGACACUGGUCUGGGAGCCAGCCAAGCUGACUUACACUUCCAGCUCUGCUGUUCUCUGAGUGAAGGAUGCCGAGGAGGAAGAAGCCCGCAGAGGGCCUGGACUCUCGAAGCCAGGAUGGGGAGGAAGAGGAGGAAGAUAAGAGUUGCUCAGCCAACACCAAGAAGAAGCGCAGCUUUGUGGAUGCAUUCAUUGUUAUAUCUGACAGCGAUGGAGAGCAGGAGUCAAAGGAGGAGAGUGCAUUGCAAAAGAAGAGAACAAAACAGCAGCUGGAGAGAACGAAGUUUGCUGCUAAAAGAAAAAUUGCACAGAUGACUGAAGAGGAACAGUUUGCACUGGCCCUGAAAAUGAGUGAGCAAGAAGCCAGACAAGUGAACUGUCAGGAAGAGGAAGAGGAGGAGCUCUUGAGGAAGGCCAUUGCUGAGAGCCUUAGUAGCUGUCAGUCCUCAGACUACUCUGAUGCAACCCCUCAGUUGUGUGCAGAAGGCCAAAGCCAGCCCGCCAAGAAGGAAGGCUCUGAGAUCCUGGGAGGUCUGGCGCUUUGCCCUGACACCCCUCGCUCCGAGUGCAGCUCCCACUCACAGAGCUCCAGAGCUGAUGGGAAUGGACAGAUGGAUGUCACCCGGAGCCCCCUGGUAGUGUUGGAGAGGUUAAGCCAGGAAAUUGUUGAAAGCUCACUAGUAUCCAGCAUAAUCGUGUCUCCGGGGAAGGGCCAGCCUGUGACAAGGUCAAGUGAAAAGCUUUCCUCACCAGCAAAAAGUGAUUCUAGUAACACGUUAUCCAGCUCUCUCGGAGAGGACCUCAUCUCUCUGAGUCCCACCUUUGGGAAGGUGACUUCAGCCUCCCGGCAACUGACACCUCGGAGACUGUUCAUGAGCUCUUCCAGCUCUUCUGGAACAACAGGCCACGAACCAAAAGAGCAGCCCCUGCCCUGCACUGGCCAUUCUGCGGGAGAAGCUAGUGCUGGGAGCUCAGCCACGCUCUCCAAGAGUGGGCCUGCAGAACAGUGUGGCAGCCCCAGGGGGAGCAGUGGGGGAGCAGGUACCAAACACAGCUCACAGCCCAGGCAUGCCACCAAAGUGUGUGUUUCUGCAGAGCAAGCAGAGCAGAACGAGGUGCCUGACAGUACCCCUGAGCUUUGUGUACUGAAUGCAGCAGAGGAGAAGCACAAGCAGGAGGAGGCGAGAGACACAGUGCACUACUACUGGGGCAUCCCCUUCUGCCCCAAAGGGGUGGACCCCAACCAGUACACCAAAGUCAUCUUGUGUCAGCUGGAGGUUUACCAGAAGAGCCUGAAGCAGGCUCAGAGGCAGCUACUGCAUAAGAAGGAGUUUGGUAACCCAGUUGUGCCCAGUCCUUCCUUGAGCAGAAAUGAGCUUGGGAAAGAAGAGCACAUAAGCAGGGAGAAUGGGGUUGCUGAUGGUACAGAAGAUGGAAAUCCAGAUGGGCAGGAGUCUGAGAGCAUGACCUGGCUCCUGCCUUCAAAGAGGAGGGAGGCAGAGAGUCCAGGGCACAGCAUGGAAGAAGAGACCUCCACUUCUGAUGAUGAACCAACCACCAGCUACUGCCAGGCUUCCCAGGCGCUCCCUGCAGACGAUGCACGUGAGGAAGGGGAACCCAUGCAAGUCGCACAGAGCAUCUCUGUGUUGACUCCACUUGUCAGUAAAAGGAGCCCAGAUGCUGCCACAGAAGACUCUGUGGAAGAAGAGAUCUCUGUCUGCCCAGAGACCCAGACGAGUCCACAGGAAGCUCUUGAGGUGGAGGGAGAAGAGCUCUGCUCAGGCCCUGGAGAUGCACCUGUGCAGGCUGGUGGAGAUGAAGACACUGACAAGACCGUGGCUGAGUGCAGCCCUACCACUGCUGACUGUGUGUUGUGCCCCAUGUGCGAUCAAGGCUUUCCCUCUGCAGAGAUUGAGCCACAUGCCAUGUACUGCAACGGUGUCACAGGACAGGAGGCUGGCAAGGACAGCCCAGUGCUCACCCGGCGUCAGAGAGAAGCAAGAGGUAAAGCAGCCAGCAGUGACAGUGGCCAGUCAUCCUUAAACAUUGACAAGUGUGAGAAGUGCUACCUCUGUAAGUCACUGGUGCCACUGCUGCAGUAUCAGAGGCAUGUGGACAGCUGCCUUCAGGCUGCUAGGCAAGCUCAGGGAACCAGGAGGCUGCGAAGAGCCAAGGACGUUGGAAGACAGGAGAGGGGACUCCUCAGGAUGCUGGAGCUCUCGGAAAGCAAGUCUGCAGGUGCUGAUGCGGGGACCCCCCUCUCUGGACUAGGAGACCAACAGUCCCCUCCUGCUCGCCCAGCCAGAGCCAGGGGGCCGGUGGGGAGCAGCCCCAGCUCCCCUCAGCACCUUCCCUUCACCGUCUCCCCCGUGAAACCCAGCAUCUCAGAAGCCACAGACUGCGUGGUAGACUUGGAGCCACACGCGGCUCUUCACCUGGGCAGCCAGCAGCAGAGCAAAGGCUGCCGCCGGAGGAAGCACAGGUUCUGAGGCCACCGUGGGCAGCAGGUCCCCUCCAUGGCACCGUGACCCCGUUCUAGCGCAGCCCCCUUCUCCCACCCCCCCUUUUCUAUGUUUUGUACGACCUGUGCAGGGAGCGCUGGGUGGAGCCGUGGCUGUGUGUUUUAUAGGUGCCUGUGCAGCUUUGCUCUCUGUUAAAGAAAUGGAAAUAUAUUUAUGUAUGUUUUUAUGAAACUGCAGCAACACUGA